GUGUGCGGGUGUGCGUGCUCUCACUUGGUGGCGAUCAGUCGAGUCAGCCCGUGCUCACAUAGAUGAUCAACUCGUCGCUGAGAUGCCGGAUUCAGCGGACCGCUCCUUGAACAUUAACUUGUUGAAGGAGCCAGUUUUGCGGAAACUUUGCGAGGUUUUGGAUAAAAACAGCGACAGAGGAUGGCGCAGGCUGGGGGAGAUCAUCGGCAGCGACAGGCGCUACAGAGUCAGUUCAGAUGAGAUGGAGAUGUGUUCGCUGAAGGUGCUGGAGCUGGAGGGAAGUCCCAGCCGCAUGCUGCUGCGGCUGAUGGGAGAGCGAGGCUGCACCGCGGGACACCUGGUGGACUACCUGCAGACUCUGGGGAACUCCGAGGCCCUGCAGUGCCUGAAGCCGCCGGGCAUUCAGAUCCUCAUCCAGCCCCUGUCGGUGGCUCUUAUUUCUGGCCACAAUCUGCGCCUGAGCUGCUACGCUGUGGGCAAAUCUCCCGUGCAGUACCAGUGGUUCAAGAGCAAGGAGGAGGUGCCCAACAGCUUCUCCCCCGACUUGGUGAUAAGUCCUGUCCAACUGAAGGACGCCGGCUACUACAUCUGCAGGGUCAACAGCGGAGAGGACUUUGAGUUCAGCCAGUGGGCUCAGGUGGACGUCCUGGAGGUUGGCAUGUCGUAUGGGCACAGCUACCAUUCCCUGGAGGGCCGACUGAAGUUGGUGGUCCAACCCCAAGCCCAGCGGCUGCUAGCUGGGGAAACCCUGCACCUGCAGUGUGGAGCCGUGGGACGGCCCAUCCCUCGCUACCAGUGGCACCGGAAUGGAGUCCCCAUCGCCAACGCCUCCAAGAGGAAGCUGACGAUUCCCUGCGUGAUGCAGGAUCACUACGGGAAGUAUCGCUGUGAGAUAACCAGUAACAGUGAGAGGAUGUGGACCAAUGAAGUUGACGUGGUGAUCGCACCAAGGAUAUCUGUCCAGUUUUCAGGGGCAGUGGAGUGCUCUGAAGAUGAUGUUUAUGCCUUUGGUGCCAGUUCCAAUGAAUUCCUGCUGAACAGCAUUCCAGACCAACUUUAUGCCACUGACAAAGUGGCACUGCUGAUUGGUAACCUGUCCUACAAGAACCACCCCAAGCUCAAAGCGCCCAUGGUGGAUGUGUAUGAUCUCACCAACCUCCUGCGCCAGCUAAACUUUAAGGUGGUUUCGCUGCUGGACCUCACUGAGUCCGAGAUGAGAAACGCCGUCGAUGAGUUCCUGCUGCUGCUUCACAAGGGAGUCUAUGGUCUGCUGUACUACGCUGGUCAUGGAUAUGAGAACUAUGGCAACAGUUUCAUGGUACCAGUAGACGCUCCAAACCCGUACCGGUCAGCCAACUGUCUGUGUGUGCAGAGCAUCCUAAAACUGAUGCAGGAGAAGGAGACAGGCCUCAACGUGUUCCUGCUGGACAUGUGCAGGAAGCGGAAUAUUCAUGAUGACAGCACUCCAAACAUUGUCUUGAGGGUUACAGCCAACAUUGUCUUUGGAUAUGCUACCUGUCAGGACGCUGAGGCCUUUGAGCUGAGCUCUAGUGGCUUCACCAACGGUGUGUUUGUCAAGUUUCUAAAGAAGCGUCUGCUGGAUGAUGAGAAGAUCACGGUGGUGCUGGACAGAGUAGCAGAGGACAUGGGUCAGUUCGAUGCCACCAAAGGGAAGCAGGCGCUGGAGAUCCGCAGCAGUCUGUCAGAGAGGAGAGCUCUGACCGAUCCGAUUCAGCCUGGCGACAGCGCCGACCUCGCCCAGGCUCACAGCCGCCAGUGGGCCAAGGCUCACGAGCUCCCAGAGAGUAUGUGCCUGGACUUUGACUGCGGGGCUCGGAUCAAGUUGGGCUACGCAGCAGAGUUCUCCAACGUCCUCGUCAUUUACACCCACAUCAUUAAGAAACCUGAAGAUAUGUCAUUCUGCCAGGCUCACGUCACAGACUUCUCACAGGAUCUUGAUGUGGAUCCCAAAGAGAUGAACAGGGAGACUCCCGAGGAGACAGGUAUCUACCUCCUGUCCAGCAGCCUGCCGCAGCACUGUCUCUACACCAGACUCAGCUCCCUGCAGAAGCUCAAGGAGGAGCUGGUCUUCACCGUGUGCCUUCAGGGCGCCUUCACCGCCAUGGACGACGACACCGUCCACUGGACCAGAAGCAUCAACAUCGGCAAGCCGCUGAUCGCCAGGCUGGACCUGCACCGGGCCAUGCGCCGCAACAGCUGCCUCCAGACGUGCAUGAUGCCCCACAGCCCGUCGCACAGCCCCUGUCACAGCCCCGGGCCCGAGCACCACCUCCACCUUCACCUUCACCACGGGCAGCACCAGGGCCAGGACCACAGCCGCCUGUCCCCGCAGCAGCCGUACCUGUACGAGCCCCUGCAGGGCGCCGCGGGAGGCUGCGCCGAUUCCUAUUACGAGCACUUAAACCAGUUGCACUUUGAGUCGCCGUUCGAGUCGACGGCCGGGCCCACGGGCUCCCCGGGCCAACACAGCAUCCCCAUAGAAACCACCGACGACCUCAGCGAGUUGCAGACAGUGUUCAUUAACAGCCUGCAGUUUCAGCACCAGUGAUCGAGCCACUGGAUGUUGAACUUUUGAGUUUUUUCAGAGGACAAGCCGACAAUAUUUCUUUUUCUGCAUCGGGAAUACUGCCGGUCUCUCUGUGACGCCUUGUGACUUUGUAGGACUUUGUAAAAUGUUACGUUCUUGUCGUAAUUCACUUUGCUGUAGACAAAGAUACAUAUUAUCAAUGUCCUCCUCAUAUUCUGAAGAGAUUUUUGUAUAUCUCAUACAUUUUAGGGAAAAAAAUGUAACAAUGAGUUUUAAUAAAUUGCUAUAUUUUUACCACAAGUUGGGAC